GCUUAUCAAAGAAUCAGCUACUAAACAUCCCACGUUUACCACUCCCCCAAACAUCUGCUAAAGCAGUACAGUUAUUUAAGACCUCGCCCGCAGAACGUGCGUCAAUUUCCAGACUCCGAAAGCAGUUCGAACCCAAACGGUCAUUGCAGAAGAGCGAUUUGAAAGGUGGCGAUGCAAAACUAGGCUUCAUGUUGGAUGACGUUAUGAAUGCCAAAGGUAUUGAAUAGGCAAUUCCAGCUUUUUGUUUAUGCCUGCAGGGGGAUGAUGGGAAGUAAGGUAUCAUAUUGUUUGUUUAUGCCUGCAGGGGAUGAUGGGAAGUAAGGUAUCAUAUUGUAAAUACUCGUUACAAUAGUAACGCGUUACUAAUUACAAAUUACUUUUUGAGUAAUUUUGAUGGUAAUUAAUUACUUUCUUUACUGAAGUCAUUUGUAACGUAAUUAAUUACUUUUUGAAGGUAACGAGUAAAGUUUUCUUAAGUAACGUGCGUUACUUUUCAAUUUUACUUCCGAAUCUCUCAUAACAUUCAUUGCACAUAAUCUAAAAAGUAGUAAAACGUUUUUCUAGUCCUACCUGCCUAAGGUUGUCUUAAGAACUAGUGGAACGAAUACGAUGUUAUUUAUAUCAUGUUUACAAAAUUGAAACAUUUUUUAAAUGAGCCUGCAAUAUGUGAAAUGUGCGGCCGAGCUUUCACCAUUAGUACAUUACUUCAUGUAUUGAUAGGGUUAAUCACGGGGGUUAUAAUUUUACUCGAAAGAAGCGGUAAGCAAGAUUUAAUCAUUAAAUAUGGAUGAACUUAGUAUGUCACUAUGUGUAGAAGUAAAAUGAAAAGUAAUUUUGAAAGUAAUUGGUAAUUAAUUACUUUUCAAAAAGUAAUUAGUACGUGGUAAUUAAUUACUUUUUUUAAUUACUUGUAAUCUUUAAUUUUAAUUACUUGUAUUACUUUUUAAUUACUUUUUUAAUUAAUUGUAAAUUACUGUAAUUAAUUACUUUAAUUAAUUACUUGUAAUCUAAUCAAUUACUUUUUAGGAAAAGUAAUGGUAAUUUCUACUCAUUACUUUUUUCCAGUAAUUUUUACAACACUGCCGAUUAUGCUGAAAAAUGUCAAUAAAAACUGCCGAAACAACCGAAAUAUUUCAAUAUUUACGAGUAUAAGCUAUCAGUCCGUGUUUACACGGCCACCAUUUUUAUUUUUUCAGCAUUAUCAGCAAUGUGAUACCUUACUUCCCAUCGUCCCCUGCACGCAUAAACUAAAAGCUGGAAUUGCCUAUUCAUGAUUACUCGAUCGUUCUAUUACAGAUUGAGGCACGGCGGAGAAAACAUGCACAUUUUAACACAUUUGAUAUAAAACGGUUGAAAUAAACUUUUGUCUUUUCAUUUUCUGCUUUUGUUUUAAGCAAGUGAGACCAAGUGAAUUGUAGACUCAUUGGUAUUUACAAAGCGAAUCGCCAUUUUGUUUUUUCAAAUCAUUAAAAGACUAAAUUUUGAUCUCAACAAGUCUAGACAAAAAUUUCAUCACAUCUUGAAAGAGCAUCAUAAAAUUAGUAAUAUUCCAAAGUUUCGUUGCGAAAUGUUGUAAAAUGCGGAUAAUAUAGCCUUGCGAAAUUUGCCGUUUUUCAGUCAUUUUCUAUUACAAAUGUGAAAUUGACAGCCCCCAAAAGGGUAUUGGGCUGUCAAAUUUCCCCCGCAUAAUAUGCAAAAUGACUGAAAAACGGCAAACUUCGCAAGGCUAUAUUAUCCGCAUUUUACAACAUUUCGCAACGAAACUUUGGAAUAUUACUAAUUUUGUGAUGCUCUUUCAAGCUGUGAUGAAAUUUUUGUCUAGACUUGUUUAUAUCAAAUUUUAGUCUGUAAUGCAAAUGGUCCAUUAAUGAAAAAAUCGCACUCCUCUUAACAAAUCAGAUUGCAGUCAUUUUGUCAUAAAAAUAAUAACUAUAAAAAUUCUCUUUACUUACAUUUCAGCUUCUGGGUGA